CCAAGCGCCGACGCAUCCGAGCCCCGCGCCGACUACGGGCGGACCUACGGCCGAGCCUACUUCGGAGCCGACGGCCGCGCCUUCCACUGGUCAACCUACAAGCGAGCCCACGGCGCAGCCGUCCACCGCGACCGGCGAGCCCACAAGCGAGCCCACGGCGCAGCCGUCCACCGCGACGGCCGAGCCGACGAGCGAGCCGACGGCCGAGCCGUCCUCGUGAUUGACAAGACGUCCGCUGGAGCCGUUGUCCAUUACCACUCCCCGUCCAUAACACUUGACAUUCCAUGUCUCUCGCGGCUAACGGGCGCACGGCGAGAUAAGUCGCCGCGUUGCUUCUACGUACUGCCCACGUCGAGACAAGUCCCAAAAAUUCCUACUUAGCGCCAGCGUGGUAACAUACUAGCUUGACUGCGCGGGCUCGGCUUCCUCUCAGCCGCCUUUGGCCAUCGCGCGCACGCCAGCACAUAGCGCUCGCGAGAGACUCCCGCAGCAGCGCGACCAACAAACCGCUGCGCCGCUACGCCGCCGCCGCGCCGUGCCGCCGAGAAAGCGCCCGCCGCUCUCCGGCUAGAUUUGAAACUUACCACGCACUAUGGCCGACGCCAUGGACGUCGACGCGCCCCCGCAACCUCCUACGGUAGUAGCCGGAGCCCCGGUACCAGAGGCGCCGCCGGCCGCGCCUCUGACCAAAAAGCAGAAGCAGGCGAGAACGCUCGCGGCAAGACCCUGGGUGGAAAAAUAUAGACCAGCCUCGUUAGAUGAAUUGGUAGCCCACAAGGAGAUCGUGGGAGUGCUUCGCCGAUUAAUCAAGAACGACAAGCUACCGCACACGCUAUUGUACGGCCCGCCCGGUACUGGUAAAACCUCUACGAUAUUAGCCGCGGCCAAGGACAUGUACGGCCAGGGCUACAAGAACAUGACGCUCGAGCUGAAUGCGUCCGACGACCGCGGGAUCGACGUCGUCCGCAACGAGAUAAAAGAGUUCGCUGGUACUCGCCGGUUAUUCUCGAGCGGUAUCAAGCUCAUUGUAUUAGAUGAGGCGGACAUGAUGACGAACGACGCCCAAUUUGCAUUAAGAAGGAUCAUCGAGAAAUACACGGCGAACUGCCGGUUUUGCCUCAUCUGCAACUACGCGAACAAGAUCAUUCCCGCGCUGCAGUCGCGGUGCACGAAGUUCCGAUUCUCGCCCCUAGAUCCGGAACAAGUACGCGGUCGCGUGGAGCACAUCAUCCAAGAGGAAAAAGUGAACAUCAACCGCGACGCCAUCGAAGCUUUGCUCAAAAUGGGCCGGGGCGACAUGCGCCGCGUGCUCAACGUCCUACAAAGUGCGGCCGUGGCCUAUCCCCAGGAGAUCACCUUCGAGAGUUUGUUCCUAGUUACGGGAAAUCCCGUCCCCAAGCACAUCGACGCGGUCUUCCAGUCGCUGUUGAAUGAUUCAUUUAAUGAUGCUCGCAAAACCUUACACGACAUGUGCACGCUGAAGGGCUAUGCUCUACCUGACGUCUUGACUUUAUUAAAUGAGCGGGUCCUAGAUACGCAGUUGCCAAGGCGCAUGAAGGCCCACCUACUCGCGAAGCUGGCCGACCUAGAAUACCGCUGCGCGGCCGCGACGUCGGAGAAGCUCCAGCUGUCGGCGCUCGUGGGCGCGUUCGUGGCGGCUCGGGCGCUCGCGCCGGCCGAGGCCUGA